CUUAAAAUAGAGUGUCCUUUAGCCCAGAGACUUCAGUUCCUGUUCAGCACUUGUCGGUUACGUUUGCAGUAAACCGAACAGCACCCAGUGAGGAAACAAUAUCAUCAGCAACCAAGCAAGCCAUCAGGGUUCUAAGUUCAGAAUCAAAGUCCCAACAACCAGCGACAACAACAGCAACAACAGCAACAGCAAAAGCAACACCAACACCAGCAACAUUCAACAAAACAACAGCCAACAACCAAAAUCAACAAUAUCAGAGAUACAACCACGAACGUAGAAAUCGCGACGAACGACGAUCCAAGAUCAAAGAUCGAAGAUAAUUGACAAGUGCCCAAACAUAUCCACCGUAUUAAAGGCAGGAACUCAUCCGUAAAAGCGAAUUGCCAACUGCGAAUUGCGAAUUUGCCAAGGAACUCUUAAGGACAAAGCCGAAACCAAGUAAUUGGAUUUGAGUAGAAGGAUGUCGGACAAGCAACUGGAGAAGAAAAUCGUUACUUCUGUGGCCGUGACCCUCCACAGGGAUGAACAGGGGGCCAGCUGCAGCUACAGCGUCGGUGAUGGGGCCGCUGGAGCCACCGGAGGAGCCGAAGGAGGCGAAGGAGGCCCAGACGCCUAUGAAGCCGCAGGAGCCUAUGGCGGUGCAGCCGCAGCAGCUGACGGAGAAGUCGUAGGCGGCCUUAAUGGAGCCGCAGGUGCUCAUGGAGGAGCCUCAGUAGCCGAGGGAGGAGCCGCGGGUACCGAGGUAGGAGUGGCUGUUGCACCUCCAUCCUUGGUGGUGCUGCCAGGUGGUGAUGUGGAGGAUCGCGACAGGGAAUCGCAAGGCGACAGGUCGGCUACACGGGAUGAGUUUGGAACGCAGCGCGUCUACAAGAAGACCUCACCGAAUUGUGUGCUAACUCUGUAUUUGCCGACGCGAGAGAUGACGCUCACCGGGGACAAGGCGGCGGUGCUGCGUGGCAUUCUCUAUGUGGACCCGAAGGCCAUCCAGGGAUAUCGUGUGUAUGCCCAGCUAACGCUGACCUUUCGCUAUGGCCGCGAGGAUGAGGAGGUUAUGGGCCUGCGUUUCUGCAACGAGGCCAUCAUGUCGCUGCAUCAGAUUUGGCCACGCCUCCAGGAGCCAGCACCGGACUCGCUUAGCCCCUUGCAGGAGGCCCUUAUGAAGCGUCUCGGAGGUGGCGCCCACGCCUUCACAUUAGUGCUUAACGCUCACUCACCACCGAGCGUUCAGUUGGUUCCGGCCAAGCGCUAUUAUGGGGCUCCAAUCGGCACCAGCUACGAUGUGCGUUGCUUCAUUGCUGAUAAGACCGACGAAAAGUUCCAUCGGCGGGCCUCGGUGAAGAUGGGGGUUCGUGUCAUCUACCGCACGGACGUCUUUCAGCAUUCGGGCGUCGAACAUUUUGCCACCUGCUCGGGCUGCCAUCAUCAGGGCAGCGGGUCGAAGACGUCGCCACCGGCCGCACCAUCCAGUGCCACGCUACCGGUCAAUACGGAGACUAGCGAGCAGCACACCCAAACACCCACCCACUCCCUGGGUUCCGGCACAAAGGCGAAGGGCAAGUCCGAGAGGGGUGACUCGUUCCCAAAGUUGCGUCUCUCACCGAAGGCAUUCCGGUUCAGCGGGCGCUUUGGUCGCAGCAAGAGCGAGAUCGAGAAGUGCCCACCGGACUCGUUUCACAACUACAGCAAGUCCUUCCAGGAGCAUCACUGCGACUGCAUGUUGUCGCCAUUUAGCGGUGCUGGGGUGUCCGGGGGCAUUGGCAGCAUCACUCUCGGGCCCGACGGAGGACCCCAGGGCACCGUGGACAAGCCAUUCCUGCUGCACGAUGGUCGUGUGGGACUGAAGGCCAGCCUGGACAAGGGCUGGUACACCCAUGGCGAGGAAGUCAAUGUGACCAUUGAGAUACGCAACGACAGCCGCAAGACGGUGCGAAAAGUGAGGGUCUGCGCCAUCCAGCAUGUGGACGUCUGUAUGUUCAACAAUGGGAAGUUUAAGAAUGUUGUGGCUGACUCGGAGCAAAUCUCGCCGCCGGUGGACCGUACCGUUAGUCCGGGUGCCACGGUCAAUUCGGUGGUGGUGUUACGGCCCCAGCGCGGCCAGACAAAGAACUGGAUCGCGUUGGAGGACACUCUGCAGCGAAGUACCGAGCCGGACGAGAUCACUGGGGAGAUCGCCGCCUCGGCAAUACGUCCUCCCCACUAUGUUGUGCCCAAUGUGCAGCAGGCCGGACAGUCCCUGCCUAGUCCGGCCAUGGCAAUGCCCAGUGCCGAAAUGCCACCACAGCAGGGAAACGCCACCACCACGUCGACGGAGGAUCGGAACAUCUUUGCCAUCUAUGUGUCUUACUAUGUCAAGGUCAAGCUUACUCUGAGCAGCAUGGGUGGCGAAUUGUCGUUAAAGCUCCCCUUCGUACUGGUGCACGUGGAUGAGACCAGGCGCCCGGGCUUCGCAUCGGCCACCCUCGGCGAGCUACGCAUAGAGAUGGAAAAGCUGGCGCUCCACGACGCACCCACCGGCCGACGUGCAAACCGCCGCGAUGCUCCCCCAACGGGGGCUGAAAGCGGGGAUGGGCCCUCCACCAGUGCCGCUGCUGCAGCGGCUGCCCAGUCCACCGCGUCCGGCGAAAGUGGAGGCGGUGGCGCCAGCUUGUCUGGCGGGCACCUCGACCGCAUUGAGUCAGCGGACGAUGAGUUCCAUAUUAACAUCCCAAUUCCAGCACCCUCCUCCAGCCUGAAGAACGCCACACACAAGCGCCGCUUGCUACGCAGCGAGACGCUGGCCAAGGAUCUGGAUGAGAGCGACGAGCACUUGGCCGGGCGGCACGGCGACCAGCAGGAACAGCACGUUGUCCAAAUACAUCUCUCGCAGGAGCCCAUCAAGGUAGAGCGAUCCCAACAGACAGAUGACGAGCAGGAGCCUGAACAGCAACAGCAUCAGCCGGAGCAGCAGCGCGCUCGAGCACCCGGCGCCGAGACUGGAGCCGUGCCCAAGUCGACAGAUGUCUGAUUCUGAUUGUUGUCCCAGAUGUUUGCCAAGCGAAAGAGAAAGCCAUAGAGCUUGGUGGUGGGCAUUGGCAGAACGGGGGGGAAUAAAUGGACGAGCAUGGCAAAAAUGGUUCAGGGUAAGGGUAAAGGUGAAGUUCAAACGUCCAAGUGAGGAUUCAAAGGGAAAAGGACAUCUCCUCCCUAACAGGAGAUGUGUUGCGCAGAGGAAAGGCUGAGAAUGAUACGAUGCAGGGUAGAUACUUGCACGGGUGGGAGGUGCAAUGCAAAUCGAAGAAAAUAGUUUUAGUUCUUGAGUAAUAUUUGGAGGUAAAAAAAAUAGGAGUUUCAGUUUCGGUUUCAGGAGCCCAGGAAUCGGAAGAGUCCCAGGCCAACGCCCAGCUCAAAGGUUGAGAAUAAAAUCAAGUAAAAUAUUAAGGAGACAAACGUUCAGACAGACAGAUGGUUUCCACGAUUUAGAGACGCGAUUGAACGAAUAAAACGGAGUAGAAUUUAGGUGCAGAAAAAACCACACACAGUGAAAUCUUGGCUGCCCGAAUGAAAGUAUUGGAAUGGAAUGGAUGGAUAGUCAUUAUCACGAGUAUUUAGCUAGUUAUCGUGGGAAAUCCUACAAUUUUAGACAAUGAAAACCAGGUGAAAUUUUUUUGAUUCCAACUAGGAUUUCAGUCGAAGCUGACGGGACGCGAAGAAAAGAAGUUGAUUUAGGUUUGCCGAAUGUCGGACGCAAAAUAAAUAAUAAAGGAUGAAGGUGGAAAGCAAAGUCCAACUUGCAAUGAAAUAACCAUAGAAUCUGUGGAUUGAGCAGAGGGUAGAUAUAUGUAUUUAGCCCUAAGGUAGUAUAGAACACCAUGUUUGAUGUUUGAUAUUAAUCCCAAUGCAAUGCAAUGAAUUCAUGAUAUUGCUGACAAUUUUAUUUACUUGAUGUUUGAAAUCAAUGAUAGAUGGACAUACUACAUAUAUGUAUCUACUACAUCCCUAGCAUGACACAACAAGCUAUAUAUAGCAAUUGAAAAUUUGGAGAGUAAUUGGUGGCCAACUAACAUAAGCAACCAAAAUUAAUACACACACAACACACAGUAUAGUAGUUUACAGUUUUAAGUGAAUGUGAAUGUGUAGUCAAUGAAAUACAAUAUCAAACUUUAUCCAACUCUACUCUGAUUGAUGUGCAAUAACUAAUAGAUAAAUGCUAUCUACUAUU